AUGGGCUUGGCCCAGCUUAGCUCAUUGAUUAGCUCACAUCAGCCUCCCUCAUCAUUCGACGCACCCCGGCAUCUUACACUGGUCUGGUAUCUUCCUGCCCCCAGUGGCUGUCAGGAUGGCAUCAAACUGGCAUCCGACUUUUCGUCCUCAUGCCUUCAUAACUUGUUCUCCACUGCUCCCCAUGUAUCUUUUGUCAAUUGCAAUGCAUGCUUGACAUCCCAACGUGAUUACAGGUAUUUCCGUGCAUGUACCCACUUGUUUCUAAGUUCAUAUUUGAAACUGAUGGAUUGA